AUGCGUGGGAAGCCUGAGAGGCUGCGUAGGGAUGUCAAGUCGGUUCAUUUUGAGAUACAGAUUUCUACUUACAACCCCAGGACAAAGACGGAGGAGAUUCAGAUCACAAGUUUGUCAAAAGCUGAGUGGUUGAUCCCUUGCAACACCAACCUCGCCAAUUGGAUGUCUUAUUGGUGCCCCAGUCCAGACGAAGUGCGAUCUGCCAGCCUGAGCUAUAAGGUGGAAGCUGCCCCGACUAAAGUUUCUCUCAAGACAUUUCCCAUUCCCAAGCGCAGGGCUAUUCACGAUGUUGUCAACGACCCCGAAUUUGGUGCUAGUAACAGCAGCCCGUCAACUCACGCCCCCCUCCUUGAUUAUUUCCCGCCCACCCGCGAAGCACAAAUCCGCUGUCACCAAAGUGCGACUUCUUCUCCGAGUCCAGCUGUGGUGCGGAUAAAGACAGUCAUCGAGCUUGGUACGAAGGCAUUCGUCAUCCGGGGCCAGCCUAAUUACAAGACGCAGCCCACCGACUCACCUAAUAUCAGCACCUUGUCAUGUUUCGUUAUCAGUGGUACAUCCAAUUUGAGAGAUGAUCUUGCAGAGCCCAUGUCUCAGAUUGGAGAAUCUGUCUUGCAGCUCCUCGCAUCUGGAAUCUUCGGCCCUUGUCGCCUCUUCUCCGACGAUACCGAAUUUUUUGUUUUGAGCACGAUACCAAGUCAAGAAGAUCCUCAAACGUAUCAAACGUUGAACGCCGCUGCAUUUGGGGCAUCGUCGCUCUGUGUUGCAGUUCCUUCGAGGAUCAACUCUUCUAAAGCUGAUCAUACGCCGUUUGCUGGACUGAGAGUUGCAGUCAAAGACUUGUUUGACCUCAAAGAAGUUCAUACGGGAUGUGGAAAUCGGGGUUACCGUAGGCUGCAUGGACCUUCAAGUGCUUCUUCCGAUGAUGUACAGCGUGUCAUCGACCUUGGAGGGGUCAUUGUUGGCAAGACCAAGACUGUUGAGUUUGGAGGGAGCCAAGAGGUUAUUGGCGACUGGUGCGACUACUUUGAUCCCAUGAAUGUCCGUGGUGAUGGAUAUCUCGCUGGGAUUGGGAGCAGCACCGGAUCAGCUUCAAGCCUAGCAGCAUACCCGUGGCUUGAUACCACUUUGGGUACAGAUGUACUCUGCUGGAAGCCAAGUAAGUUGAUGAACAAGCUGGUGGGAGCAUUCGAGACCCUGCGAUCGCUCACGGCGUGUUCGCUUUCCGCCCUUCACAUGACGGGAGGCCAACUCCAGACUCCAGACGUGGUUCUUCCUGGCGGGAUAUUUCACGCUCCCGGUUUCCUAGGAAGAGAUAUCCGCAAAAUGCAUGAGUUCGGUCGUCAUUGGCCCCAAAACUCCUCCAAAGCUGAGGUGAGCACUACGAACGCCAUUGAUGUCGCCUGGACUGACGACGCUGCAGACUCUGAGGCCGAAACGUGUGUUGUUCCCACGGGAGUACUGAUCCGACCAUUCCGGUACAAAGUCGACAUGUCCAUGGAAGAGACUUGGAAAGCUACGAAGCCCCCUAGCGCUGAAAAGGGCUUCUUCGGCACAUUCAAUGAGGCGAACUUUUAUGACCUUGAUGUACCGCGAGUUCUGGACCUACCUUGCAAAUUUCAGGUCGGAAUACCAGGAAAAAUUCAAGGCGGAUCCUUACAUGUGCAAAGUCACACAGUACCUAUGUUUCUUGAACAUUUGCUCAACGACGAGAAGACCAUUAUGAUUGUCCCUCGAUACAAAUUGGACUACCGGGAUGAAUACUUGCCCGUGCCCGAGAAUCGAGGCUUUGAGGGCUUCGACUCCAAUCUUCACGCUUCGUUAACAGGUGUGACAAACCAGAUUUUGCCCGUCAGUCAAUGUGAAUCUCAGUCUCAAGUUUCCGGGCGAAAAGAAUACUUUCCCGUUUCUCUCUCCGUCAUGGGACUCAAAGGGAUUAAUGUUGGGCUGUUGAGCCUCGUUCAUGACUUUCUAGCCGAGAAAGGACUCCCCAGUUCUCGGAAGAUUGAUCUUGUUGGGGCAGGAAUCAUUCUGACCCAAAGUCUGAACCGGAUUUGCAAGCAUACCAUGCAGAUACAGUUCUAUUCAGACAAAGCAUCUGGCCCACCGGGUGGGUUUUUGAGUCGGCAGAACACGGAAAGCGAGACGCGAGGGCACUGCAGCUACUCGAAGGCGAAGUUGCAAAAGCAAGCUUUCCGUCCGAUACUCAAAAUGGACCAUCCUAAGCACAACUUGAGCCUUACUCUGAGCCAGAAACCACACCUCAACCGCAAGUCGUUUAUGACAAUGGCCGGUUGGCCCAAUGGCAAGGCGUCUGACUACGAUUCAAUAUGUUAUCAGGAGAUUCUGGGUUCGACCCCCAGGCUGGUCAAUUUCAUUUUGGAGCGUGGGUGGGCCGAAGCACGGUUCGUUGGUUGUUCUCUGGGCGAAAAGCUUGCGUUCACCGCAUCGUCACCGGCUAACCGGUGGAAGUUGCCGCUUGCGUGGACUAGGUGGUAUCACCGUGGUAGCGAUGAUCCGACGCGUGAGCAGCUUGACGCGGUUCAGGGCCAGUCAUACGCGUUCGAGGACCUAGAUGGUAUUAGUACCUAG